AUGAAGAUACAAAAUGCAAAAUUUGUUUUGUUGGUGUUAUGUCUUGCCGUAUGUGUAGAGCUGUGUAGACCAGACGACGCGGUUGACAAUGCCAAAGAAAAAGCUGGAGAGGUAGUCGAUGAUGCCACUGAAAAAUCCGAGACUUUUGCUCGAUGGGCUUAUGAUAAGAUUUCUGAACAUUUCGGCACAAAAGAGGAAAUGGAAAUAUCACAAAAUGUAAAGUUACAAGCUGCAGAUGCUGCCUCAAAGGUCACAGAUUCAGGGAAAAAAUAUGCAGCAGCCGCAGCUGAUCAGGCUUCAAGAACGGCUGCCAAUGCAGCUAGUGCAACUGGUGGAACCAAGCAACAGAAUCCCAAGGCCCAGGAAGUAGGUGGAAAUAAAGCUAAUGUUGCUAAAGAUAAAGAAAAUGGUGCAUCCGGUGAAGCCAAGAAACAAAAGCCUAAGGCCUCGGAUCCAGUUGGAGAUAAAGCUAAUGCUGCUAAAGAUAAAGAAAAUAGUGCAUCUGGUGAAGCCAAGAAACAAAAGCCUAAGGCCUCUGAUAUUAAAGAGAAAGUAAAAGAAGCAGUUGAACACGGAAAAGCUAAAGCAAGCGGUGCAUAUGGUGCAGCCAAGAAACAAAGUCCAAAGGCCCCGGAAGCAGGUGGAAAUAAAGCUAAUGUUGCUAAAGAUAAAGAAAAUAGUGCAUCCAGUGAAGCCAAGAAACAAAAGUCGAAGGCCUCGGAUGCAGUUGGAGAUAAAGCCAAUAAUGCUAAAGAUAAAGAAAAUAGUGCAUCUGGUGAAGCCAAGAAACAAAAGCCGAAGGCCUCAGAUGCCGCUGGAGGUAAAGCCAAUGUUGCUAAAGAUAAAGAAAAUAGUGCAUCCGGUGAAGCCAAGAAACAAAAGCCCAAGGCCUCAGAUGCAACUGCAGAUAAAGCCAAUAAUGCUAAAGAUAAAGAAAACAAUGCAUCCGGUAAAGCCAAGAAACAAAAGCCCAAGGCCUCAGAUGCAGCUGGAAAUAAAGCCAAUAAUGCUAAAGAUAAAGAAAACAGUGCAUCUAGUGAAGCCAAGAAACAAAAGCCCAAGGCCUCAGGUGCAGCUGGAGAUAAAGCCAAUAAUGCUAAAGAUAAAGAAAAGAGUGCAUCCGGUGAAGCCAAGAAACAAAAGCCAAAGGCCUCAGAUGCAGCUGGAAAUAAAGCCAAUGUUGCUAAAGAUAAAGAAAAUAGUGCAGCUGGUGGAACCAAGCACCGAAAUCCUAAGGCCCCGGAAGUAGGUGGAAAUAAAGCUAAUGUUGCUAAAGAUAAAGAAAAUAAUGCAUCUGGUGAAGCCAAGAAAGAAAAGUCCAAGGCCUCGGGUGCAGUUGGAGAUAAGACCAAUGUUGCUAAAGAUAAAGAAAGUGGUGCAUCUGGUGAAGCCAAGAAAGAAAAGCCCAAGGCCUUGGGUGCAGUUGGAGAAAAGACCAAUGUUGCUAAAGAUAAAGAAAGUGGUGCAUCUGGUGAAGCCAAGAAAGAAAAGCCCAAGGCCUCGGGUGCAGUUGGAGAUAAGACCAAUGUUGCUAAAGAUAAAGAAAGUGGUGCAUCUGGUGAAGCCAAGAAAGAAAAGCCCAAGGCCUCGGGUGGAGUUGGAGAUAAGACCAAUGUUGCUAAAGAUAAAGAAAGUGGUGCAUCUGGGGAAGCCAAGAAAGAAAAGCCCAAGGCCUCGGAUGCAGCUGGAGAUAAAGCUAAUGCUGCUAAAGAUGCACCAAAGAAAACUGCAACUCCUGAAAAGCCCAAGACUCAGUAG